CCAUCACGAAUUCAUGAUACGGAGUACAUACGGAGUACUCAGAUACACAAAUCGUUAGGUAUUCAAACAUACAAUAUUUUUAGUUGGUAUUUGGAUACUCUGCUUUCCUUCUUCAUAUUCCUCCCUCUCUUCUCUAUAUACACACAUUGUAUAAGCCAAAACAUGGCUACAAGGUUUCGGAAAGCUUUCCGCUACCCCGAUGAUUCGACCGAUGAGCACGACCGCGAGGAUCUCGACGAAGAAGAGCAGGAACGUGUAAUAAACCAGUUGCAAGUGCAGAAUGACAAGCGGAAUGCAGAAUACAGUAUGGCUUUUGCGGCGAUUCCGCUAUUAUCAAUGAUGGUGUUUCUCCAACCUGUGCUGACUGGUUCGUCGACCCUAUCUGAACAGUCCUUGGCCUUUCUCAGCAUCAUUUCGUUGGCUGUCACAACCUACACCAUGACGCACGUGCCGCUCCAACGUCCAAAUCGUAAAGACCAAAGACCCAUCUACAAGACGAGCCAUGUUUCCCGUAUUCGAAACGCUCUUCUCCCCAUAAAUUCCGUCAUCUGUGUGUUUCUGGUGCUGGUGUAUUUCUCCACCAGUCCAGUAGCAUCAUCAAGUGUCAGACCAACUGUAUACUUGGUGCCGGGAGCAAUGCUUGUGAUCAUCUUCAUUGCAAGGAGAGUGAUGCUAUCUGUCGAUAUAGGCCCUCUAGAAGACCUUCGAUAUGAGUUCAAAGGAGCCUAGGUAGCUAAACAUGGCAAACCAUCAACCACUGGUGAUUUGUGUAUCAUAGUAGCAUAUUUUGCUUGUCGAAUACAAACGAGUCGAAUUAUUGGUAUCCCGGUUGCUAUCAACUACAUAUUCAAUCAAUAAUACAUGGAAGAGGCAUCUUCACAACGU